CAAUAUUUUCCUCGUUUUGUUCAAACCUCAAACUCCACGCUCCUCCUCCUCCUUUCCAUCCCUUGUAAGAACAAACUCUUACACUCAAAACGCCAACAACACACACUCAAGACAUCAAGAAUCCCCUCAAAACACACUAAUGACUCAACCAUCAUCCCAUGUAACAGCACCUCUGAAAGAUGAGCUUGAUAUUGUUAUCCCAACUAUAAGAAACUUAGAUUUCUUGGAGCAGUGGAGACCUUUCUUUCAGCCUUACCAUCUUAUUAUUGUCCAGGAUGGGGAUCCUAGUAAGAACAUCCUGGUCCCUGAUGGCUUUGAUUGUGAGCUUUAUAAUAGGAAUGAUGUGAAUCGGGUUCUAGGUCCUAAAUCUAGUUGUAUCUCCUUCAAGGAUUCUGCUUGUCGUUGCUUUGGUUUCUUGGUUUCCAAGAAGAAGUAUAUCUUCACCAUCGAUGAUGAUUGCUUUGUCGCUAAGGAUCCAAGUGGGAAGGAGAUAAAUGCAUUGGCUCAGCAUGUACAGAAUUUGCUGACACCAUCUGCUCCAUUUUUCUUCAACACUCUUUAUGAUCCGUUUAGAGAAGGUGUUGAUUUUGUGAGAGGAUGCCCUUUUAGCCUGAGAGGAGGUGUGCCUACUGCUAUCUCGCAUGGACUAUGGCUAAAUAUUCCUGAUUAUGAUGCCCCAACUCAGCUUGUCAAGCCUCUCGAACGUAACACCAGCUCACACAGGUAUGUGGAUGCUGUUUUGACAAUCCCAAAAGGCACCCUGUUCCCAAUGUGUGGAAUGAACCUUGCUUUUGACAGGGAAUUGAUUGGCCCUGCAAUGUACUUUGGUCUCAUGGGUAACGGCCAACCCAUUGGGAGAUAUGAUGAUAUGUGGGCUGGCUGGUGUGCCAAGGUAAUCUGUGAUCAUCUUCGUCUCGGGGUGAAGACAGGACUGCCAUACAUCUGGCAUAGCAAGGCGAGCAAUCCAUUCUUGAAUUUGAAGAAGGAAUACAAGGGCAUAUACUGGCAGGAAGACAUCAUCCCGUUCUUCCAAUCUGUUGUCCUGCCAAAAGAUUGCACGACCGUGCAGCAAUGCUACCUUGAGCUUUCCAAAUUGGUCAAGGAAAAGCUUAGCCCUGUUGAUCCUUACUUCAAUAAACUUGGUGAUGCCAUGGUUACUUGGAUUGAAGCCUGGGACUUGCUCAACUCACCUGCGCAAGAAGCUGCAGCUCCGGUCGAUGGCGUUAAGAAAAACUGAGCUCUCUUUAGCCUUCAAAGACCGCAUUUCAUUUCUUUCACUGUUCUAGUUGUAUGUGAUUUCCUUUACCCUGUUCCAUUUUUCCCUGCUUACUUGGUGUCGCGCUUUGGAUCUCUAUGAUCUAGAACAGGAGCAUCAACCAUUAAUAAUAAAGUUCAGGCAGGCUA